AUGUGCUUAAAAUCAAACGACUGUCCGAAACACUUCUGCGAGCACGAAUGUCUCUAUAAUGCAGCGUUGAACGGCAACACGCAACGGCUAGUGGAGCUCAUCCUCAACGGAGCCGACGUCUCGCAGACAUCGAUGCCUGGCCGACACCAGUUGAUCCACUUCACCGGGCGGCCAGGAAGCGCAGAAGCCAUGAAAGCCCUGCUCGACGCCGGAGCCGACGCUUCUGCAGCCUCCUACGACGGCCAAACGCCUCUGCAUAUGGCGGCCGCCGACGGCGGAAUCGAGCAAGUGCAAAUGCUCAUCGGGGCCGGAACCAACGUCAACGCCCGCACCAUGGACGACGAGACCCCGUUGCACCAAGCGGCCAGGGCGGGAGAGGAGGAGAUCGCCAAGCUGCUCAUCGCUGCUGGCGCGGACGUCACUGCCAGAGACUGCUACGGACAGUCGCCCCUGCAUCAUUCUGCUAGUCGCGGCCACCUCGGCGUGGUCCAGGUGCUUCUCGACGCCGGCGCCGACAUGAGCGCCCUCGACAACAAAGGAGACACGGCCGCCCUGCACUCCCUCUCCGACGCGCCGGCCUCGGUCAAGCUCAUGAUAGAAAAGGGCGCCGACGUUUCCGUCCGAGGCCAGGGCGGCGACACCCUGCUGCAUCGAGCGGCCUCGUUCUCGGCGGAGCUGAUAGGACUCUUGCUCGGGGCCGGCGCGGACCUCGAGGCGACGGAUGACGAAGGAAAGACUCCCCUACACGCCGCAGCUGCGUGGGGGGGCGCCGAACAUGUCCGGAUCCUGCUUGCGGCCGGGGCUGACAUGGGUGCGAGGACCAACGACGGCGAGACGGCGCUGCACUUGACGGCGGGGAGCGCAGAUGCCCUGUUCCUGGGGUUUGGACAUGAGUCUGAUGCCAAGGCUAGGGUUCUCCUUGACGCUGGUAUCGAUGUGAAUGCGAGGACGGUGUCAGGUCAGACAGCUCUUGAUCGGGCGAGAGAAUGCAAUCGCCCGGCGGUUGCAGAGGUGCUUCUUCAUGUAGCAAGUGCAUAA